CCAAAUACUUUGUAGGCCACCAUUCAUCCAGCAUCAUAUUCUGUAAAUCAUGUAAAUUGCAGCCUAUCAUGGAGAAGAUAAUAUCCUUAUCUUGUACAACGGUCAUCAUUCAUGAAUUCAGUUCAGAUUCUUAAUUUAAGAAGUGUAUUCCAGAAAUUAAACAACUAUUCUGUAAAUUAAGUUCACUGUGGUGUUCAGAACAUAUAAUUAUGAAUUUCAAGUGUUAAAAAAUAAUUAUUCUCAUAACUCUCAUACAUAUCCUUUGCAAAAAUACAUCUAUUCUUACAUGUAUAUGGCCUUUCUUUAUUUCAGAAAUGAUGGCAGGUCUCCUCAAGUUGAGGCUUCGCUCCAUGGAGCGUCCUGGAGGAGAGAGAAACCUGCUAAGGAAUGAGAAUGGUCCAGAUGUGGUUUCAAGAACCAAAGAGCUUUCAAGAAGUAAAGCUGCUGCUGGAAUGCGGAGGUACCGGGCUAAGUUAAAGCAGAACCCUGAAUUGUACGUACUGCAUAGAUUGGAAGAGCAACAGAGAUUGAAGGAGUACAGGAAGAAUCUAUCAGAUUAAAAAAGGGAAAUUCAGAAAGCACAAGCCUGUGAAAGGAUGAGAAGGUAUAGAGAACGCCAGAAAGAGAAUCUUCAAGGGGGUGAGGAAACACAAGGUGUCAUGUCAAGAAAGCUUCAAACUAGGAGUGAACUUGAAAAAAUAGCCGCAAGAAGGGAAUACUUUAAGAACAAGAAGCGUGAACAGAGAGCUAGGAUGUCUGCACAAAAGAAAAGACGAGAGAGAGAAAAGGAUCGCAACAGGAAAAGGGUGUUAGCAGAAGCGAAGAAAGACUCAAGCAUCAAUAACAAUCCACCUAAUCACAUGGGGGCUGCAACACCUGCUAAUCAGGAAUCUAAUACCCCGGUUCAAAUACAGUGACAGCUAAAUGCAACACCUGUUUUGUCUACCAGUUCUGGGUAUAAAACUGACUUUUCUAGAAGGAAGGCAACCUGGUGGAUAAAAAGGCUAAUGCCAAAAACUCCACAGAAGUAUGGCACAAUAGUAGCUGGCUUAGUUGAAUCUGCAAGCCCACGGAAAAAAUUGCUCUCAAUGACAUGAUGCUUGGCGGUAAGGACAAGGAUGUGGGUUCUGUUUUAGGAUACGUGACGCAAACUGACAGAUGUCCACAGCCAAUAGAAGAAUAUUUAAUGCCAAUCUUGCAGCCAUCCUUGGAUCUGCCAGUAAGCAAGUCAGGGAUGCCUCUAGCAGAAAGUUAGGAAUAUCACAGAAGAUCAUUAGGAAAUAUGACCGUCUGAGAAAAGCAGGGCAUGAUCCAGAACAACGAAAAAAACGUUGUGAUGCAGUAUUUGAUGUAAUUUGGCUUUCUGUGCAAGAAUCUUUUAGAAGACCUGAUGCGUCAACCACACUGAAACCACACAAGAAAACAGUCAGCAAACGAACUGGCUUACAGAAGCAAAUCCUGCAGAAAAGCAAGAAAUCCACAUACUCUGCCUGGCAAAAUGAGAAUCCCAACAUGAAGUUGUGUUUCAGUAAGUUUUGCACAAUCUGGACUGCAAAAUCAGAAAUCGAUACCAUGCAAGUGGCAUCAUUGUCUGUCCACCUUCAGAUUAUGCCAGAAAGCUUCACAAGUUAGCGUGCAUUGACCGAAAAUGCCAAGAAUGUGGUGUUGAUGCUGUAGAAUUAUAUCUGCAACCACUAAAUGUAGCAGCAGAGAACGAAGUCUCCUGGCAGGUCUGGGGAAAUACUACAGUGCGUGGAAAUCUUAGGAAGGCCCUACCACUCAGGUCUGGCAAGCUUAAAGAAUUGAUCCAGAAGAUGAAAAACUUGAAGGCACUGAAAGAGGAAAGUCAAGAACUGAAUGAAAUGGAAGGAAAAUACCAGAUUAAGAAACAUCAUGAUUUCACAUCUGAAGAAGAACCUUUCAGUUGCUCACAGACUGAAAAGACUUUAUCACGAAAAAAAGCUCAAAAGACUAAAGGUCAUUUCACAUGCCAACAGUGUGGAAAGACUUUCAAUCAAAACAAAAACCUUAAAGUCCACAUGAGAAUUCACACUGGAGAAAAGCCAUUUACUUGCCAACAGUGUGGAAAGAGUUUCACUCAAAAACCAAGUCUUAAAACCCACAUGAGAGUUCACACUGGAGAGAAGCCUUUCAUCUGCCAACAAUGUGGAAAAAGGUUCAAUCGAAAAGGAAACCUAAUGGUCCACUUGAGAGUUCACACUGGAGAAAGUCCAUUCAGCUGCCAACAGUGUGGAAAAACUUUCACUCAAAAAGGAAGCCUUAAAGUCCACAUGAAGAUUCACUCUGGAGAGAAGCCUUUCACCAGCCAACAAUGUGGAAAUGGUUUUAUUCGAACAGCACGCCUUAAAAGCCAUAGGAAAAUUCACACUGGAGAGAAGCCUUUUACCUGCCCUCAAUGUGAAAAGAGUUUUAAACAUAAAUCAACCCUUAAUGCCCACAUGAGAAUUCACACUGGAAAGAAGCCGUUCACAUGUGACUUGAAGGCACUGAAAGAGGAAAGUCAAGAACUGAAUGAAACGGAACCAAAAUACCACAUUAAGAAAAAUCAUAAUUUCACAUCUGAAGAAGAACCUUUCAGUUGCUCACAGACUGAAAAGACUUUUUUACGAAAAAAAGCUCAAAAGACUAAAGGUCAUUUCACAUGCCAACAGUGUGGAAAGACUUUCAAUCAAAACAGAAACCUUAAAGUCCACAUGAGAAUUCACACUGGAGAAAAGCCAUUUACUUGCCAACAGUGUGGAAAGAGUUUCUCUCAAAAACCAAGUCUUAAUGCCCACAUGAGAGUUCACACGGGAGAGAACCCUUUCAUCUGCCAACAAUGUGGACAAAGGUUCAAUCGAAAAGGAAACCUAAUGGUCCACUUGAGAGUUCACACUGGAGAAAGUCCAUUCAACUGCCAACAGUGUGGAAAAACUUUCACUCAAAAAGGAAGCCUUAAAGUCCACAUGAGGAUUCACUCUGGAGAGAAGCCUUUCACCUGCCAACAGUGUGGAAAUGGUUUUAUUCGAAUAGCAAGCCUUAAAAGCCAUAUGAAAAUUCACACUGGAGAGAAGCCUUUUACCUGCCCUCAAUGUGAAAAGAGUUUUAAACAUAAAUCAACCCUUAAUGCCCACAUGAGAAUUCACACUGGAGAGAAGCCGUUCACAUGUGGUCAGUGUGGAAAGAGUUUCAGAUUUUCUGUAACCCUUAAUCACCACAUGAAGAUUCACUCAAGAGAGAACUGCUUUAUAUGCCGUCAUUGUGGAAAAAGUUUCACAGACAGGAAACAUCUUAGGAAUCAUGUAAAAAUUCACAUUGGAGCGAAGCCUCACAUGUGCCUUCAUUGUGGAAAGUCUGGCAAAAACAAAGCAAACAUUGAGGUUCACAUGAGAGUUCACACUGGAGAGAAGCCCUUCACUUGCCAACAGUGUGGAAAGAGUUUCGCACUAAAAGGAAACCUUGAGGUUCAUAUUAGGCUUCACACUGGAGCGAAGCCUUGCAAGUGUCUUCAGUGUGAAAAGAGAUUCACUUAUCAUAGGGACCUGUAAUAUCAUUCGCAAACUCAUUCUGGAAAGAUAUCACAAGGUUCUCAGAGUGGUAUAAAUUUAAUUAAAGAGAGCAAUUUCAAAUCCUCGGGAGGAAAGCGAUUUAAUUAUGAUCAGAGUGAUAAAAAGGUUAUGCUAUCACACUUACAGAUGCGCAUGAAAAUUCAUCCAAAUGUAAGGCCAUAUUCUUGUUCUCUUUGUAGAAAGAGUUUUAAAUGGCCCAGCAGUUUACAAUGGCACCAGAAAAUCUGUGUGAAAUCAAAGAUCCGUUCGUAACGGAGUUGAAUGUGGCCAAAAUUAUAUAGGUGUAUAUUUUUCAGGCUUGCCUUUUAAAUGUGGCUCAUGUCAGAUCAUUGUCUGAAUAGGUGACAUACCUAUGAGACUUAAUUUUCAUCGCAAGUGAUUUAUUCUUUUAUUGUGUUAUUGUUCUAUCCUCAAGUUAUUUGUUGCUGUAUCUUUUUUUUCUUGCCAUGUAGAGUGCAUCUGUGUAGUAUUGAAGAAUGACAAUGUGAAAGACAAAAAAAGGACAACC